AGCAGUCAACAUGAUGUUAUAAGUUUAUAACCUUACUGAUUUAUUCGUAUUCUUUAGUAUAAUUUAAUAACAAUAUGAGGGCUGUGUCAGAUUUAUUGUUUUAUGUAAUACUUUUAUUUAAUAGUGCCGUGACAUUGAACUUGGAAGCUCCUUACGGUGAACGAUCUUCAAUAAAUGAUUAUGAUUACGCUAAACCAAAAGCGUGUAGAGAAUUUUGCAAGGAAUUUAAUAAAAUACAAAAGAGGGAAACUUUAACGCCAAAAAGUAGGAUUGUUGAAAUGAUGUUGCAAACUCCGAUGUUUGCUUAUAAUCGUAGUGAACCUGACAUAUUUUCGGCGUUCCGAGACCGAUAUGAUUUGCCUAAAGAAUUCAAAGGGCCACUAACGGAGUACGAUUUCAUCGUAGUAGGAGCAGGAUCCGCGGGCAGCGUACUUGCUGCACGUCUCAGUGAGGGUCAAAAGGCAUCCGUACUGCUUCUAGAAGCAGGGUUAGGAGAGUCCAUGCUUACGUCAGUCCCUACAUUGGCACCUCUAUUCCAGAUGACUAGUAGUGUAUGGCCUUAUUUGAUGGAACCUCAACCAAAUGUUUGCCUGGGAAUGGAUAAUAGUCAAUGUUUUUGGCCUAGAGGCAGAGCUGUGGGUGGUACGAGUGUAGUCAAUUACAUGAUUUACACGAGAGGUAUGAAAGAAGACUGGGAUAGAAUCGCGGCGAAAGGAAACUAUGGAUGGUCUUAUGCAGAUGUCAUGAGUUACUACAUGAAAUCUGAACGGGCUAACCUACGAGAAUUUAAAAAUUCGCCAUGGCACAGUAAGGACGGUGAAUUGAACGUCGAAGAUGUUCCAUUCAGAUCGAAACUAUCAAAGGCAUUUUUGGAUGCGGGCAAACUGCUAGGAAAUCGGCGCGUUGACUACAACAGUCCAGACGGUUUUGGCUUUGGUUACAUCCAAGCAACAAUAUCUCGUGGAAUACGAAUGAGCAGCGCCAAAGCAUUUUUACACAACAACAAAAAAAGAAAAAAUCUACACAUACUUACUAACAGCAGAGUAACAAAAGUAUUGAUUGAUUCAGCAACAAAAACCGCAAUCGGAGUCGAAUUCCAGAAAAAUGGCCAGAGAUAUGAAAUACGCGCAAGGAAGGAAGUAAUUCUGUCGGCUGGUCCCAUCGAGUCUCCUCAUUUACUUAUGUUAUCGGGAAUAGGACCCAGAAAACACUUAGAAUCCUUAGGAAUAGAGGUGGUGCAAGAUCUGCAAGUGGGAGCAACCCUUUACGACCACAUAUCUUUUGCUGGUCUGGCAUUCACCUUGAAUACAACUCGAUUAACAUUAUUAGAAAAGAACGUCGCAACAUUAGAGAACAUUUUCCAGUAUACACAAUUUGGUGACGGGCCACUUUCGUCCUUGGCUGCAGUUGAAACUUUAGGUUAUAUAAAAACAAAUAUAUCGGAAGAAAUCGGAAAUUUCCCAGACAUAGAGCUAAUAGGAUCUUGUGCUUCCCUGGCGUCUGACAAUGGAAAAGUUGUAGCCAAAGGAAUUCGAUUAGCCGAUUGGCUAUACAACGAUGUUUACAAGCCUAUUGAAAAUAUCGACAGUUUUACGAUAAUUUUAAUGUUAUUACACCCAAGAUCGAAAGGUUAUUUGAAAUUGAGAUCGAGAAACCCUUUUGAACAACCAAAACUUUAUGGCAAUUAUUUGACACACCCAAAGGACGUUGCUACGAUGAUUGCCGCGAUAAGAUAUAUUUUAAAAAUGAUUGACACUCCUCCCUUUCAGAAGUACGGCACGAAAUUGCACAAGAAAAAAUUUCCCAACUGUAAAAAAUUUUACUUCGGAAGCGACGGGUACUGGGAAUGCGCUAUCAGAACAAUUACAGCAACAUUACAUCACCAGAUAACAACGUGUAAAAUGGGACCGCCAUCCGAUCCCUCUGCAGUCGUAGACCCUGAACUGCGCUUGUAUGGGAUAAAUAAUCUGCGAGUUGUGGAUACAAGCAUUAUACCAAACACAAUAGCUGCACACACGAAUGGACCUGGCAUAAUGAUAGGGGAAAAAGGAGCAGAUAUGGUGAAACGAACUUGGGGUCUAUAAGUACUUUUAAGUAGAUAAGAACUAAAAUAAUGUGAACCUACAUUUUCGCAUCUUUACUUAUUUAAUAAAUGUUAUAAU